AGUUACUAGGCAGUGUAGUUAGCUGAUUGCCAAAAGUACCAAUCACUAGCCACACAGCCAGGUAAAAAGGCUUGGAAGAUAUCUCAAUGGAGAUCAGAGGCACCAGAAUUUGAACAGCAGGCAGCCAGACUAACCUCUUUGCAGAAGCAUCUAAUAGACAGGCAAGCCAGUGAAAUAAUCCAGGGAAAUAUACUGGAUUGCCCCUCACACGUGCAAGACACAUCAGUGCCUUUGUCAAGCCAGUUUAACUGCACCCUACUGCGUGAUACACUUCAUUCUCAACUGGUUUGCAUACAGGACACUAAAAAACAUUAGAACAAUUUGCAAGGGUUUUUUGUUCCCAAAAUUUGCAGACAUCAGCUCCCAUUCUGCUGGUGCUCAUCUCGGCCUUACACUUGUCUAAGGCCACUGUUUUCACAUGUACCUCCAUUCACUCUUGUUGCAUAAAUAAAAUUGAGGCCUGUGAUGGCGGCUAUUUCCUGUUCACAGAGGGGCCCAAGGCUAGGCUUGGGUGAGAACAGCCUGAAGACACUUGAAAUGAGAUGUACAAUGUGGUCAGCCCUCUGGUCUUCCACAUUUACGGUGACAGGCACUGUGUCUGUUACUGUGCAGCUGGGGCUCCCCUGCCUGGACCCAGCCAUACAAGAGCAGGUGGGACAAGGCUCUGAGUAACCGAAUCUAAUUGAAGAUGCCCCUGCCCAUUACAGGAGGGUUGGACUGAAUGACCUUUUAAGUUCCGUUCCAACCCACACUAUUCUAUGAUUCUAUGAUGCAGCCCCAUGCAGCGCCAUGGGGACAGAGCCAGGGGAGCGCCCGAUGGCUCCCAAUGGACCCCUUGUCUUUGCUUGCUCAAGCCCAAACAAUGUGGCCUUCGCUCAGACCUUCUGGACCUCAGUCAUGCUCCCGCCACCGCUCGAGUCCCGUCUAGGCCCUGCCACCCUACAACAGAGCAACACUGCUCCCCAGGCCUCACAACUUCCUAGAAAAAGUGAGAAAAAGAGUGAGAAAGAGAAAAUCUUGGAAGCCCAAAGCAUGGAGAAACGUAAAGUAAAAGAAAAAUGUCUUCAGCAGGCCAGGAGAAGAGAAGAAAUGCUAGCUCUGCUGAGGAAACAGAGAGAAAAACGGAUUGCACCAUGGACAUGUCCCUCCGAAGAGGACAGACGGUUUGCCGGGGCGGAACACAGCGACCGUGCUACAAAAUAGUCUAUUUCCAUGACCCUUCGCGCAGGACCAGCUAUGAAGAAGCGCACCUCGCCUGCAGAGCCGACGGCGGACACCUAGUCAGUAUUGAGACAGAAGCAGAGCAAAGACUGAUCGAAAAACUGAUUGAGAGUCUCUUGGCUUCUGAUGGAGAUUUUUGGAUAGGGCUUAGGAGGAAAAAGGAGGAGGUGGAGAAUGGUACGGAGUGUCAGAACCUCUACUCCUGGUCAGACGGCAGCGCCUACAAGUUCCGGAACUGGUAUGUAGAUGAGCCAUCCUGUGGGAGUGAAAUCUGCGUUGUGAUGUACCACCAGCCAUCUGCCCCACCAGGUGUCGGAGGUCCCUACAUGUUUCAAUGGAAUGAUGACAGAUGCAAUAUGAAAAAUAACUUCAUUUGCAAAUAUGCCCUCGAGAAGCCAACGAAUGCUCCAAUGGAGAAUUCUCAAAGAGAUGAUGCAACAGAGCCCUUGAAUCCAGUGUUCCCAGAAGAACGCCGUAAGAAAGAUGCUAAUGUAACAGUUGUAGAGGCCAAAGAACCUGUUCAAAGCUUUGGCUACAUCCUUAUUCCCAGCAUUCCUGUGCUGCUUCUCCUGACAGUCAUUACAGUCGUCUUCUGGUUUUGGCUUUUUGUGAAGAGGAGACAGGAACAAAUAGACGCAAGCCCAAAGGAGGAAGACGGAUGGCUGUCUAACCCCAGGAGGAACAGCCCAAAUUUGGACAUUUACAAAGUAAUCAAGAAGCAAUCAGAAGCAGAUCUGGCUGGAACCAGGCCUGCCACUAAGAACUCUUCCUUCCGUACCCAAGAAGAUAAGGUGCUUGACAGCCUCUCCAGGGAUUAUGGUAACACAGCAAUGAGUACACCAACUCAUGGCUUUGUGACGUUGGCCAAGACUGAAAGUGGCUUUGUGACCAAUGAUAUCUAUGAGCUGUGUGGAGAUCAUGUGGGGAGGAGCAAGGAAUCAGCCUGGGUGGAGAAUGAGAUUUAUGGAUAUUAAAGAAAUGGACCAAAACACCUGGAAUAUGGAUGACAAAGUGAACAUCAAUGCAAGUCAACCUGCCCUUCCUAUGCACUCCUUUUAAUCAUAGUACCUGUGAUGUUUAUCCCGGUUUUGCAUUAUCCCUAUAUUCUUCAUUUUUUAUAAAGACUGUGGGUUUUCAAAGAUCCAAACUGCAAAGAAUGUGUAUGUUUUGCUUUGCAUCAAGCCCCUUGUUGCCCCAGGAACGGCUUGUUAACAGUAUUGAUUCUUUUUUGUACUCCAAAGAUUUGGUCAUGAGACGUGAUCAGAUCAGUGUUUGUCUCACCAUUAUAAGGACUCAACAACCUUCAUGGGAGCUUGGAGCAAAUUCCUGUGCAAGGUCUCUGCUCGGUCACAUUUGUCAGUGCAGCGAAGUGGAACAGGAGUUUGGUUAAAAACUCAAAUUCACUUUGACUUGAAUAUGCUCAGGGCAAAAUCCCAUGUGCUGCUGGAUAUGGUGUUGCUUUAGCUGAAUUCCAUUGUAAAAUUAGCUUACAGGAUGCUGGAGGUACCUGCAAUGGCCCAGGCUUUCAGAAAAGAAUAGCGAGGGAAUUCGAAUUUAUCAAAUAAGCCCAUGAUCUGGUCGCAUAAGGGACUACUUUCUGCAAAAUGUUUGAUGUUAGUACUGAGAUCUGCAAAAUUGAAAAUACAUUUACAAAUACAAGAUUCGCCCCACUGAAAUGAAUAAUGACAAUCCAUUCUUGCCCUUCCCAGCUCCUUCAGGCUGUUGAUGGACAACGCAGCAUUGUUUCACACUUUCUGCUCUUUAAACACGUUUGUCCUUACUUGAACACAUUGGUGCUAAAUGGAAGUUCGGAGUCUGGAGCACAAGUUCUGCAGCACAUGGGAGAUUCUAAGGCAAAGUCAGUGGCCACUAAAUACUGAUAGCAGUGGUGUGGCCUCUGCAUUUCUUAUUUUUGUACAGAGCUUUGGUGUUUCGUGUGUGUUUUUUUUCCCUUUGGCAGACACUAAGCGUCUUCUAGGCAUUGAAAAACAGGAAAUGAGAGGAAGAAGCUCAAGCCAGAUGUUGGAGCUUAGGUGUGUAGGCAUGUAAAGCCAUAUUUUGGCUACUAAGUGUGUGCUCUGGUCUUUUGAGCUGCUGGCCUGUUGAACUCAAAGUCAGCUCCAUAUGCUCAGGAUCUCUGGAAGUUAUUAGAAGGCGAGGUGAUUUAUAAUCUCUGACAUCUCUGUUUUAGUAGAGCAUCUCAGCUGUGGUAUUAGCUACCAGAACAUUGACCACAAGAGGGUAUGUGUGUUCUACAGUUGGACUCAUUCAGCCAGCUGCUGAAAACAGCCUGGAAGAGCGCCUGUGUACCAGCGUGUGUGAGCAGUGCUUGAAUCCCUUUCCUUGAAGCAUGGCAAAAGCUAUCGAUGGCCGUUAAAGGCUGCUGUACAAACAAUGUUCUUGUGUUUGCAGCUCUUUUAGCAGCAUUAUUAAGAAAUUUUUGGUAAUCUGAACUUUCAGGUCAAAAAUGGCUUUGUGGCGUGCAGCACAAUAAAGUUUCUUUUACCAUACCAA